UUGUGUCCAUGGCGACGACGAACGUCUUUGUGACUUCCAAUGUCCUUAUAACUGUAGCUGCAUUGGUUAUUUUGUACAGUGCCAAGCUAAAGGGCUUAAAAUGAAUAACAUCAUUGAAUUACCAAAACAGGUCCGGCUUCUGGACUUAAGUUUUAAUACCGCUUUAAAGUCAAUUCUACAAGCAUCUUACUUAGAUUUAAAAACGUUAGCGAGACUAAAUGUUUCUCAUUGUGGAAUUGAAGAAAUUACUCACCAAGCAUUCUUGAGAAUAAAAAAUAUUAAAGUUCUAGAUCUCAGAUCAAAUAACAUUCGAAAGAUUACCUCCGGAACUUUUUCACAAUUGCGUUUGAAUCAUAUCUACCUGUCUGGAAAUAGCUUUAUUGUUAUCGAGGACUACGCAUUUAACGACAUGUCUGUCAAUGUCAUUGAUUUUGAAACAAGCAGUGUGGCAGAGUUUAGUCAAAAUAUCUUCACUGGAUUGAGGGACUUGAAAGUACUAAGGACUCCUGCAUUUAAGUUCUGUUGUAUCCGUCCGAAUUACGUUCCUGAAAAUAAUUGUUACCCCUACAAAGAUGCAUUUUCGUCUUGCGAGGAUUUAAUGCGACUAUCUAUUUUGCAGACAAUGCUUUGGCUGGUUGGAUUAUCGGCCUUCUUUGGGAACAUUCUCUCUCUAGUUUAUAGGUUGAAAUAUGACAGAAGCAGAUUAAAGUUGGGAUUUGGUAUUUUCGUCACAAACUUGGCUGUUGCAGACUUUUUAAUGGGCGUUUACCUCAUAAUUGUAGCUGCAGCAGACGCUGUGUUUAGAAAGAGGUAUAUAUUCAAUGAUGAUUACUGGAGAAACAGUGUGUGGUGUAACCUAGCCGGAGUUCUGGCUGCGUGCUCAUCGGAAGCAAGCGUAUUGUUCUUAUGCCUGAUAACUGUGGAUCGACUUUUGGUUAUCAAGUUUCCGUUUGGGCAAUUUCGAUUUGACGCAAAAAAGGCGAACACAUGUUCAUUUACAGUAUGGUUGAUAUCUUUAACAAUUGCCUUGGUACCCAUAAUCUUUGAAAGCUACUUCCAAAAUAGAUUCUACAAUAGGUCCGGAGUUUGCAUUGCCUUACCGUUUACUCGUGAUAGACCCCCUGGAUGGCUUUACUCUGUAACAUUAUUUAUUGGAUUCAACUUUGCUACAUUUUUGUUGAUUGCAUUUGGACAAUGGUCAAUAUUCAUGGAAGUAAGGAAAUCAAGUGUAAGGACGAAUAAGAUCAAAUCUGCAAGAAAAAAGGACUUGGUGGUUGCAAGAAAUCUGCUUCUAGUCGUAACAACCGACUUCCUUUGUUGGUUUCCGAUAGGAGUGAUGGGUAUAAUGGCAUUGAAUGGCUACGUGAUAUCUGGAAACAUCUAUGCUUGGACAGCAGUAUUUAUAUUGCCUAUAAAUUCUGCUUUGAAUCCGGUAUUGUAUACACUGACAGCUUUACUUGGAAACACGAAAUUUAAUCCGGACACAGAAGAACAGAAUCGAACCGAGAUGACAAGAGAGCUCGGUAAUUAUUUCAAAGAUUGCCGUCUUGUUAACAAGAUGAUAUCUGUUCGAAGAAUUCAGAAAUCUUGUUUUAAAAGUGUAACAUCUGUCUUGGAGCAAGACUAUAGUUUAUCCACCUAUGACCUUGUAAGGCUGACUAUGACCCUGUUUAAACUGCUUGACGUUAUCCAAAGAGGAUCGUUGGCAUUCGAGAGUCUGAAUAAAGAUUCAGUCUAUAUUAAGAUGAAAGGGGAAAAGAUAACUGGAAACAUGAAAGUGUUAGGAGAACCUCGAGAAUCAAGAAAAAGUGUAGAUAUCCCUAACAACACGUUACAAGCUGCGGUUAUCAUACAUUCGUUAAUGAGACAAUUAAAUUUUUCAAAAUAAUGAUGUGUUGUUAACCUAUUUAAGUGUUUGAGCUUUUAUAUGUUGUAUUUGUUGUAUCUAUUUUAAGAUUUAUGUUCUAUUACAUUCGUAUUCUCCUGAUUGUUAAACACUUAUGUGAAGCAAAAUUUGCAAUUUCUUAUGGUAAUGGGUAGACAGAGAGACUUAACUGAACUAAAAUUAUGUUAAAUAACGUUUUUAUCUUAAAUUGUUCUUUUGUUAAGGAAUGAAAUAUCUCGAUCUUCUUAUUAAAUAAAUAUA